CUAUCGCUGCAGGUUAUCGAGAGCAUUCUCCGAAGUGGCCAUUCAAAGUUACUACUGGAUCGACUUUACCAUCCUGUUAGACACCUGAAUACGUCUCUUUUUUCAAUAAUUGUGUCUGGAUGGAAGAGGGGUCCUCUUAAGUUCUGAAUUAACGCCACGGAUAUGUUUCAAAGGAAACACUCACUUUGAGGGCUCCAAAGUUCAAGUGCCGAGUGCCAUGAAAGUGAACCCACAGCAAGCUCCAUUAUAUGGUAACUGUGUGCUGACAGUGCAGUUGAGUGAUGACGAGUUGGCUCUGGCCCAAUCCCAGGCCGGGGAUGUGGAGGGGGCGGAAUUCUACCUGCUCUUCUCGGGCAGCAGACAGACACACCUGAGCACCACCCUCAGGACCCCGGAGCAUGGCAGCCUGCAGGCCCUCUGCCCAGCCCAUGACUGCUGUGAGUCCGUGCUGGUGGCGCUAUGCUGCGCGUGGCCUGGCGGCGGCGCUGUGGAGCAGCUGGGGCAGGCGCGGCUGCAGUACGUGCAGGACCUGGCGUUCGACAUGGCCCAGUUCCUGGUGAGCACGGUGGGGCGCGCCGACGGCCUGGACGGGGUGCUCAUGCUGGACGAGUGCCAGAUCCCGCUGCAGGAGUGCGAACGCCUCGACCACAGCCUGGCGCUCGCGCUCACGCACCUGCACCUGCCCGAGGGGUGGAGCCUGCUGGGAGAUCACCUGAGCAAGGACACAGAUCCUGAGCCUCAGGAGACUCUGCUGCACUUUGCGUGUCGGCGUGGUCUCCUGCGCGUGGCCUCCUUCCUGCUUCACCAGCGGGGGGCGCUAGAGGCGCUCAGGCUGCCCAACAAGCAGGGCUGCACCCCAGCACACCUCGCACACAGCCACAACCACCAGGCCCUGCUGGAGCUCCUCAACAGAGAGGGAGUGACGGCGUGUGACAGUGAGGCGGGCGCCGGCUGCCACCUGUCGUGGUGUGGCGCUGGCGUUCUGGAACACUCCCCGGCGCUGGGCACCUUCUCCCUGAGCGUGGGCACGGAGCCUGGCACGACCCUGCAGGAGCACCUGGAGCAGCUCCGCCACCUGAUCCAGCGCCACGCACACCACAGCAAGGGAGGAGCCUGCCUACAGGGGCACGAGCAGCAGAGACUGGAGCCAGAGCAACCAGACCCAGGGCUGGAGAGUGUGUGUGAGAGUGUUUGUGAGAGUGUGUGUGAGAGUGUGUGUGAGUCAGAGACCGGGCUGCAGUCACAACCCACUGGCCAGGAAUGCAGCGGAGAGCGUCCCGAGUCAGACGAGGUCCGCGCGGAACCGGAGCAGCUCGCCCCGCAAGACGAUCCUCCCACCGCCGAGAUCCCGAGAGAAAACACACACACACACACGCAGACACACACACAGACACACGCGAGCAGCGCCGCCGGGCUGACAGGGGAACACACACACGCCGGCCCACGUGCACCGCCGGCCCCCCUCGUCUGCUCCGAGACCUCUCAGCCUAUCGCAGGCCUCGGCUAUCAGCGCCAUGGGGAGGAGUGUGUUUGGGAAAACACACAACGCGAUAGCCACACCGCCGAGCCGCCGGCCACCACCACCACCACCACCUCCACAGCAGCAGCAGAGGAGCGCGUUGAGAUCGGACAGGAGGAGGAGGAGGAGGACCAGGCAGGAGUAGAGGAGAGAACCGGCGCGGAGAACGCACACGCUCCCGAAGGGCUCGGCCCGCAAGCCGUGGAGGAGGAACCGGAGGCCGGCACCGGAGGGGAACCGGAGAGCGAGAGCCGAGCGGAACCCGACGCUGCCCCAGGCGGAAUCCGUCCCGCUCAGGGGGGCGCCGAGGGGGGCAGACAGGAGGACAGGGGGCCACCGCGAGAGGAGGAGGAGGAGGAGGAGGAGGAGGAGGAGGAGGAGGAGGAGGAGGAAGAGCUUCCAGACCAAAAACAUCCAUCUGGCCUUGGAGGAGUUGCCGACGCAGCAGAAGAGAGAGCAACAGCAGAAAGUCCUGAAACAGCUGAAACAGCAGCAGCAGGAGGAACACACACAGAACCGGGAGAGGGAACAGCAGGAACAGAAACAACAGCAGCAGCAGAGGGAACACACACAGAACCGGGAGAGGGAACAGCAGGAACAGAAACAAUAGCAGCAGAAGGAACACAGACAGAACCGGGAGAAAGAACUGCAGGCACAGAAACAGCAGCAGCAGCAGCGGCAGACAUGGGCCUCACACAGUCUGCCCAAGAACCGGAGAGCUCCGACGCCGACUCCAGGGAUUGUUCUCAGGACGUGGAACCAGACGGCGACCGAGAGGGAGAGAACCGGGACGAAGACGAGGCUCAGGAGGAGGGGGAGAGCCCAGAGGAAAAUGAGGAGUUUGUGGACGCCAGCUCAGCCUCAAUAGAGGGAGAGAACUCCUUAUUUGUGGAGUGUAGCGACAGCGUGCUUGACGCCGCUACACACUCCGGUUCUCAGCCUGAGGAACCGGGCCUGCGAGAGGAGGGGCUAUCGUUUGAAGCCAAGUGCCCGGAACUCAAGGAACAGUGGUCUGAAGCGGACAGCACCCAUGAAGAGACAUGUCCCGAGAACGAGGUGGAGGUAGAUCAGACUGCAGUAUCUGCCCAGCCUCUAGAGGACAGCGUUGAGACAGAGACCGCACUGCCUAGUGACCACGGCAGUGACUCAGCUGUGGCUGCGCUCAGCGAGGAUGUUGACUCGCCCGGGGAACAAACCGAAACGGCUGCCGACGGCAACUGUGGCGGUGACAUCACUUCCCCUGUGUCUGACUCAGGGUGCGAUCUGCCCUCGUUAGCCACAAACCCGGAAGUGACAUCACCGGAGACGGCGGAGGGCUCGUCUGACCCCUCGGAGCCCCUCACUGCGUCUGGAGACCCCGCGGAGGACUCAGCCGGCCCAGAGUGCCGAGCGGCGGUCAAAUCAGAGGAAGAAGCCGAGCAACAGGAACAGGAAGUGCGCUCGCCGUCCUCCGACGCGCCGAACGGCCCCGGGAUGACCGAGGCCCACAGCGACGCCUCCCUCACACACUCGGAAGACUCGCGGCCGGCGUCCAGCGACGACACGCUCGAGGGCCUGGACGAGGACUCGUCCACCAUGUCCGAGAGCGAAGUCGGGCAAAGGUCGGGCGUCCCCAGCGGGCGGUCUAGACGGAGAGAUGAGCGACCAGGCGCCCGGGCCACUCUGCCCGAUACGGACAGCCUCAGCUUGGACGCCAUCUCCCUGUCCGUCGUCACCACGGCGACCCAUGGGGUGGGGUCUCUCACACACGGCGAUAACACACACACUCGUGUGUCUCAGGGGUCUGGGGACGGCCGUGAGGGUGUGGCGACGUCUGCCGUGUGUGUUCCUCAGGAAACACACUCCCUAGUGGGACGGGGCGCGCCGGGGGAGGACGCUGACCAGGUCAGCGAGCAGGUCACUGCAGAGGUCACUGCAGAGGUCACUGCAGGGGUCAUUGAGGAGUUCGCUGUGGAAGUGCCCGUCACCGUGGAAACAGCGCAGGAAAUGCAGGAGGAAGUAGCAGAGGAAGUGACCGAUGCCCAGCAGCAGGACCGUUCCGCUGACGAGGCCCAGUGCACUGUGGGACGCCGCGCGGAUCCAGAAAGACAGGUGGACACACUCAUGGUAGCAGGGGCUCUGAACUACAUGGAGGAGACGCGACUUGGUUUGGGAGCAGACGGCUAUCGAUCACCGAUCCACCGAGAGAAGGAGUCCUUCCCCGCCACCCCAGACACACUGAGGCGCCGCAGCCUGGAGAAGGGCACCAGCAUCGACUCCACAGAUUCCCCUCAGAGCUCCAGGAGCUCCAUCUCCACCCUGCAGAGAGACUCCGGCAGCGACACGGAUGGCUUCUGCAGCACAGACACGGGAGAGGACAACGUCUUCAGAAAGGGCGACGACACGGUGACAGGUGACAGCACCAGCGAGGUCUCCAUCUCCUGCUCCUCCACGGACGACGCCGCCAGCUUGGGCCACCCCAGCUCCUCCUCCUCCUCCUCCUCCUCUUCCUCCUCCUCCUCUUCCUCCUCUCGCCCGCUCCCCGGAGACGUCGCGCGUCGUCUGGGCGCCAGCGGAGGAGGGGUCGUCGGGGUCAUCGGGGGCGCGGACACGGAGGACGAGGCGAAGGACUGCGUGUCGGACGUGCCGCUGCGCUCCAGCAUCCGCUCCCUCUCGCCCUUCCGCAGGCACAGCUGGGGCCCCGGCAAGAACGGCCUCACCGACGCAGACAUGAACCAGCGCAGUGCGCUGCCCAACUAUGGCGAGGAGAAGCCGGCGUUCCACAGACGAAGUCUAAGCUGGUGUCCGUCGGUCGUGCCCCUGAGUCCCUGUGCGGAUCAGUAUAGUGACUUCAGCUUGAGCCUGGAGGGGUUGGCAGCCGACGGCACGGAUGGCAAGGCCUGGCACCCCCACCAGAGCGCGCCCACACAGCAGGGCAGGCGGGUGGGACGCCAGGAGAGCGACGAGAGGGGGUCACUCGUCUCCCUGACCGAGGAGGAGCACGAGGCAGACAUGGCCGACUGCAGCAGCCUGGACAGCCAGAAGUCACGGCGGUAUCAACCAAUGAGAUGCAGCGUUCCGUCCAUGACUCUGCCCCUUACCAAAUCAGUGUCCAUGUUGGCCAUCAGCCAGAGAGACAUCGAUGGUGUGAACUCCUUCGCUAGUACCACUGGAUCCGUAGACUACAGCAUCACUGAGGAGGAGCCAGGGCCUCUGAGAGGGGACUUUGAGGGCAAGAGUGGGACCAAAGUUAGCCGCACCUUCAGUUACCUCAAAAACAAGAUGUACAAGAAGACACGGGAGAAGGACAAGGAGCGGCACAAGGAGAGGGAGAAGGACGGUAAGGAGAAGAGGAUCAACGGUCACUCCUUCAGCCAUGGCGGCUCCGUCCAGCCCACCCUGUGUCCGCAGUGUCACAAAGCCAUCAGCUCCAAGGAGGCCUUCGUCUGCAGCAGUUGCUACGUGUGCGUCCAUAAAGGCUGCCGGGAAUCGUUGCCUGUGUGUGCCAAGGUGAAAAUGAAGAUCCACAAGCAGCAGCAGUACGCCGUCCCAGACUGCAGCACCACCCCCGCCGUCACGCUACGGCCCAAAUCUUCAGGGUCACGGGAGCGCCCCUGGUCGGCCAUCUUGUCUCCAGAGGAGCACCACUCGUUUGUGUCGGCCCCACGGCGCCACACACUCAUGCCCUUCAACAGCAGCAACCUCUCCAAGAGCAUCUCCAUCUCCAACAUCGCAGGGCCGGUGUUUGAUGAGAUCCCUCUGAAGGGGCUGCGCUACUUGUCCCAGUCCACUGACUCCCUGCACAAGCCCAGCAAGGUCAACGAGUCCACCGAGUCCCUGGUCGAUGAAGGGACAGAGAUGAUUGACAGCCAGCUGAUGGGGGAGUUUGAGGCGGACGUGCGCGAGCUGGAGGCCGACUCUUGGAGCUUCACCGUGGACAAGAAGUACCUGAAGACCCUCAACAAGGACACCGUCAAGAGACAGGACGUCAUCUACGAGCUGAUGCAGACGGAGAUGCACCAUGUGCGUACGCUGCGCGUGAUGGCGGAGGUGUACUGCAAGGGCCUGCAGAAGGAGGUGCAGCUGGAGCCGCAGACGCUGGAGCGCAUGUUCCCCGUGCUGGACGAGCUGCUGGACACACACACACACUUCCUGUCCGGCCUGCUCGACUGCAAGAGGGACGCACAGCUGCAGGCCGGGGACGCCCCGGGGUUCGUCAUCGAGAGGAUCGGAGACGUGCUCAUCAACCAGUUCUCGGGGUCCAGCGCGGACUGCAUGAAACGGGUCUACGGGAAGUUCUGCAGUCGACACAACGAGGCUGUCAAUCUCUACAAGGAGCACCAUUCUAAGGACAAGCGCUUCCAGGCCUUCAUCAAGAAGAAAAUGAGCAGCAGUAUAGUGAGAAGGAUGGGCAUCCCAGAAUGCAUUCUGCUUGUCACUCAGAGAAUAACCAAAUACCCGGUAUUGCUGCAGAGGAUACUUCAGCACACCAGAGAGGAGGAGGAGGAGCAGGCGGAGGUGGCGCGGGCGCUGUGCCUGGUGAAGGAGGUGAUUGCGGCGGUGGACCAGCGCGUGCGCGAGCAGGAGCAGCGGCGGCGGCUGAAGGAGGUGCACGCGCGCACCGACAGCAGGUCCAUCACGCGCAUGAAGAGCGGCCAGAUGUUCGCCCGCGAGGACCUGCUCAGGGGCCGACGCCUGCUGCACCACGGCCCACUGCAGCUCAAGAACAACGCCGGCAGGCUCAAGGAUGUCCAGGCUCUGCUCCUGUCAGACAUCCUUGUGUUCCUUCAGGAAAAAGAUCAGAAGUACGUCUUUGCCUCGCUGGACCAGCGGUCGACGGUGAUCUCGCUGCAGAAGCUGAUCGUGCGCGAGGUGGCCAACGAGGAGCGCGCCCUCUUCCUGAUCACGGCGGGCACCGAGAGGCCCGAGAUGGUGGAGGUCCACGCCAGCUCCAAGGAGGAGCGCAACACCUGGAUGCAGCUGCUGCAGGACGCCAUGCAGUCCAUAGAGAAGGAUGAAGAUGAGGGCAUUCCCAGUGAAACGGAGGAAGACAAGAGACUGAUGGAGACCAAAGCCAAGGAGCUCAGAGAGGUUCUGAAAAAGAAGGAUGAUCAGAUUGUGAGUCUGCUGCAGGACAAGAUGAAGUUGUUCCGGGACAUGUGUGACUGCGGGCCGGCGGACGACGGUUCCUCGUGUUCUAAGAUGCUGUUCCGUGCCUGCAAUGAUGACGUGCCCAAAGGAAACCCAUUCAUGAAGGACGCCCUCAAGGAGGUGGAGACGCUGCAGACGCUGGUGAACGGGAGUCUGGGGGGGGCGGUGGGGCAGCAGGUGGGGCAGGAGGCAGGAGGGGGGGUGGGGCCUGUGACGCUGCCCCGCCGAGCAGAGACCUUCGGAGGCUUCGACAGCCACCAGAUGAACAUCUCCAAGAGUAAGGGCCCACUGGCUAUACCUCUACAUGGAGGAAAUGCAAACCUGUUGCUGCUACUGAAGAGAAACAGUGAACAGGUGCUCCAUAGUGUCACAAGCCUCCACGACCUUCUGGCCUCCCUACAGGCGGUGGUGGUCCAGCAGGACACCUUCAUCGAGGACCAGCGGCAGGCUCUCUCCGAGCGCCCUUCCUCCUCCUGCUCGCCUCGGCCUCGGCCUCGGCUCCUCCUCCUCUCCUCGCGCGCCUCCUCCUCGCGGCCCAACUCCCUCGUCGAGCAGGAGCGGCAGCGCAGCCUGGAGAAGCAGCGGCAGGAGGUGGCGGCGCUCCAGCGGCAGCAGUCGGCCCACGCCGAGGAGAGGAGGAGGCGCGAGCGGCAGUGGGAGGCGCGCGAGAGCCUCCUGGAGGAGCGCGAGGCCUCCACGCAGGCCCGCGAGGACGAGCUCCACCGCAGGAGGCGCGAGCUGGAGCAGCAUCGGCUGGAGCUGCAGGCCAGGAAGGAGGACUACCAGCGGGACCUGGAGCGGCUGCGCGACGGCCAGAGGAGGCUGGACAGGGACCGCGACAACCUGCGCAGGGAGCUGGAGAUGCUGGAGCAGCUCAAACAGGAGAAGCGUAUGCAGCGCACCCCCUCCAGCACGUCGGAGGACUCCCUGCAGUUCCAGAGUGGGGGGGGCGGCAGCUCCCUGGAGCUCCCCGAGGCCGGCGACGGCGGCGACCCCCCCAGGAAGAACUCCCUGUCCCGGCCGGAGGCCAAGCCCAAGGGGCGCACGCUGAACCCCUUCAGCAUGAACUCGGGGGGGCGCGGGGGCCAGAGCAGCGAGGGCCAGAACCAGAUCCCCAACCGCCUGCUCCAGCUCACCAAGAGCAAGGACAAGAAGGACAAGAAGAAGAAGAAGAGCAAGCACCCACUGGCGCCAGAUUCCCAGCUCCUGCCCUUGACAGAGCCCACCACUGAUGGGGAGAUCUACUUCUGCUGAUGCCCCCCUGCACCCUACAACUGCCCCCACACUGCCCCACCGCCAGCCACAGCAGCACAGAGCCAAUGCCCCAGCCCCCUGUUCUUCAGCACUCUAUUGCCCCAUGAGUGUCCCCUCUGAGGGGGUGAAGUGAGGGAGAGUGUGGGGGUACCUCCAGGGUUGUUGCCCUUUGCAGUCAUGCCCCGAGCUCUCUCCCAUCUCAUCCACCACGUCCUGGAAGUCUACGCACAACCAGAAACACACAUACUCACGCCUCACUGUGUGUGUGUGUGUGUGUGUGUGUUUAGGGCUGAUAGAGUGUGGAGGGUUCCGUGGACAGAGCUGGAGUUGUCAGGCUCUGUGCCAAAUAUCCGAGCGUGGGCUGGGGCUGUUUAAGAUUCCAAAACUAGAUAAUUACGCAUAACAGCCUGAUCAUUUCAGCUGCAGAAAAUGUCUUUGCUUAAAGCCCUGUAUGGUUAUCCUCAGCCCUCAUCCAUCUCUGAUGUGGCCCUGAUGUGGCCCUGAUGCGGCCCUCAUCUCAGCCAUAUCUGUCCCAAAACUCCUCUCCGGGACAUAGCACGCUGGCUGACUCGGCAUCCACUCACCCAUGUCAAAGAACUCCUAAACCCACAGAAAGCAAAAAAAAUCUAAUCAAACAGCAAACAAACAAACAAACAAAGAAAGACACACACACACACACACACACACACACAAACACACACACACACAACAAACAGAGCAGCAGAGCGGACUUCAGUUGCUUCAGACUUCAGUGCUUAAGAUGCAGUGUGUGAUGUGGGGCUGACUCAGCGGCCUGGACAACACAUCCAGCGCGCCCACACACACACACACACACACACACACACACACACACACACACACAUUCAGCGCGCCCAAGAGAUGUUCCGCUUCCCCCAAGAACCUCUCCGCGCCCCUUCCCUCUCUCUCUCUCUCUCACACACACACACACACACCGACACACACACCGACACACACCCAGCGUUUGAUGCUCCUACAGUCAUUUCAUUUGAUGUGAUAAUGCUGAGUAGUUCAAAAGCUUGUGCACUGCAGAUGACGUGUGUUCCUGGUGUGUUCAGAGUCAGCCGUCGUGUUGUGUUGUGUUGUGUGUGUCCUCAGCGUUGUGUUGUGUUGUGUCCUCAGCGUUGCACUACAUGCCCAUAUAAGUAAUCGCAUUAUCGUUGUCAUCGUCUUCGUGGUCGUCCCCGCGAUGCCCGUGUGUCUCUUCAUGUUGCGUGUAGCCUCUCGUCCCUGUGCCCGUGCACCUGUAUGACUCCUACAGUACGUAGACUGUACGUAAUCCCCCUCACCCACCUGACGUGGCACCGCUGAUGGCAGAUCUGAGGAAACACAUUAGGCUGCGCAAAGGAUAUCUUCAGCUCAUUCCGACUCAGUCUAGCUCAAUCUAAUUUUAAUCAGCACACUUCAGCAGAAAUGGUUUCAUGCCCGGGAGCACUUUAAACAGUCACUUAUUACUGGCGAAGAUGUUCUCGUCUUCGCGCCCGGGCCGAGAGAUGAUCUAGUUUACUCCCACAGAUUAAUCAAAGGGAUUACGCACUGAUAAUCAGACAGGGAAUCCCGCAAGGAUUUCGUAGACUUCCGUGUCAGCGGCCUAUCUUACAUUUGACUUCCCCGCAGUGUUUUGGGAGUAACAUUUGAUAAAUGACUUUGGUCCCGUGACUUGUAAUCACAUGCAGUAGAUGAACUACAGGUUAGCCGAGGGCUUUCACAUGAGAACGAAUAGAUGCCCUCUUCAUACAGUAAUUACACCACGGAGAGAGCGGAAAAUGAUCCAUGUGGAUGGUGUGUGGGAGCAGGGCUGAACCUCCACUGUAUACAGUAGAGGGGUACAUUACUGAUGACUCUACCUGCAGGUCAGGUAUUCCCGCGAUCGAGAACCGACUGUAGAACCAGGACCAGGCCAGACGCGGGCCGGUUCUAAGACUGAGCGCGCCAUCUGAUCUGCACCACUAAUGCAAGAACCUCAGAAUGUUCUUUAACCCCCAGCAGCGCCCAUAUAAGGCAUUUCUCCUCUAUUUGGGUUUGCCCAUAGAGAUUAUCCUGCCCCCUCUUUCCUCCCUACUCACAGCUUUCUAAUGUCCUGAACAGUUAUCGUCUCUCUCUCUCUCUCUCUCUCUCUCUCUCUCUCUCUCUCUCUCUCUCUCACUCACUCACUCAUCGUCGUCGUUGUUGUUGUUGUGUUGUUUUUGUUUAUCCAUGACAACAAUGUUGUGAGUGGACGGGGCUUUGAUCCCGAGAGGAAAAGACUGUUCCGGAAAGCCCCAGAGUUUGUGUCCCCAGAGGCAGACGCUUGUCCUUCUGUGUUCCCCCACCAGGGGGCAGAGGCGAGCCCCAUAUGGCUCAUGUGAUUUUUCUUUUCUUUUUUUUUUUUUUUUUUCCUCUCCUGGCGUCUGACUGAAGUUUGAGUCACUGUUGACCGUCCUCUUCAGAUGGUGUCAGUACUGAAGCAUCUGCAUCGUCCCGAUAAGCAGACCGCCGCAAUGACCAGAGACUUCACAAGAAUACUGUUCUUUAAAGAAAUAUAUGCAUAUACUGUAUUUGAUGCAUAUGUGAACAAUCAUAAGUUUGGCCUUCACUUACAGGAGUUAACUGGGAGGAGCAGGACCAGGUCUUCCCUCCUCUGUAGGAGACAAAUCAAGUCAGAUCAACUCGAAUCAAUAGUUUUCUUACGUAGAGAGCUCAUUUUAGUGGUAUUCUGUGGAGUCUGUCAAAAAGGAUUUAAAUGUAAUAGCCUUAAAAACAGAAAAUAAAGAAUGCACUAAAGUCAAUCCAGCAUUUUCUCAGGAGGUCUUUGGUAACAAAAAAAAUAAAAACUGUAGCCUAUCCCUGCUUUGACAGCAAGGAGUUAUUUUUAUGAACGUACAGUUUCAUUUUAUUUGUUUGUUUCCUUGCCGAAUAAUGUAUAAAAAGGGCAGAAACUAAAUGUAAAAUGUACAUAUGAACUGUGUAUAAAUUUUAAUGUAAAAGUAUGAUUUUGUUUGUUUGUUUUGUUUGUGAUUGACAUCAAUAUUUUGUAAUGAGGCUUAUUUAUCGAUGAUCCCCAUGGUUUGAAUGCUAAAAAUGUACAGUUAUAUUUCGCUCAUAUUAAAAAUAUUAUGACGCAAAA